AUGGCCUCCCGCAGCGCGGGCACACUGCUGACCGAUUUCAAUACUGCCUACGUGCCCCCCGCCCUGAUACCCGGGUACCAAGGCCACAUCCCCAGUGUGGCCUUCUCCUUUGGCUCCCCGUAUGGCAGCACCACCCUCCAGUACUUCCAGGAUCACCGCAAUGCAGCCAUGAAGGGCCCGGCGGCCCUCAGCAAAGGGGGCUGCUUCCCCACCAUCUAUUCCCCCGAACCCGCCGCCGACACACUGCUCAGCCGCACCAGCACCUGGGAGCGCUUGCAAAACGUGCCCGCCUCUACCCGCUUCAACCUGGACAGCGAACGCUCCGCCGCGCUGUCUCACUUCUACCAGAUUGCACAACAGCACCGGAAUUACUACCGAGACAAGACUGGCACAGUGCCUCUGGUCCCCUACUUCGUGCUGCCUGUGAAGGAGCGAGAUAGAUACCCCAUCCCCAAUGACCUGCCUCCCCUGAGCCCGAUGAAUAAGUGGCACCUCUUUAGAGUCUCCCCUGACAACCUAAAGACCUACCAGAUCUUUCCAUCGGGGAAGAGGGUGUCCCCGCAGGAGCGCCAGAGGAGGGACUGCUACUUUGAGUUCAGAGCGUGA